AUGGGCAGGCCGCCCAGGGCGCCGGGCGUGCCGCGCUCCCACGGAGCCGGGAAACGGCGCUCUCGGCCUCGGCAAAGUCAUCGCCGGGCCAGGGCCGAGGAGGGCGGAGGGGCCCCGAACCCCGAGCGGGCGCGCUCUUACCCGGCCGUUGCGAUCGGUCUCCUGCACCUCCUCGGCGCUGGGCCCCCGCCGCACCAGCGCCCUCAGCAGCCCCACGUCCCUCCGGAGCGCUCUCCGCGCUCACCGAGCUGUACUCCUCCUCAUCUCCGUAAGGGUAGAAGGAGUCGUCCGAGGCGAUGCUGCGGGUGUCGGGCAGACUCGAGAAGUCCUCGUACUCCUCGUAGUCAGCUGGGUCCUCCCCGGCCUGCGCGUCCCGGGGUGAGGACGGUGGCUCUGGGGACACGCGGCGCGCCCCGCCGCCCUCCGGCCCGGGCCCGGCCAGCAGCACCAUGCCGGCGGCCGGGGCGCGGGCCGGGGGGCCGGGGAGCGGGCCGGGAGCCGGGGACGCCGGGCGCGCACCGAGGUCACCGCCCCUUGUCCCCGGCGGCCCCAGAAAAGCAGGAGGGCUCUGCGCGCUCCAGCUCGGCGGAAACGCGCGCCGGGCGGCCGCGCUCCAAGACUCGUGUCACCGGAGGCUGGAGAAAGCCCCUCGGGGGGUCCCUUUAUCUGCGGAGUCUAGACGGAUGCACGGGCGGAAGCCACCAACCCGGCUCAGACUCCGCUGCUGCUUGCCAAACUCAGAGUCGGCCCGCAGCGAUGGCCAGGGUCCCAUCCCCGAACCGUCCCCCUCAACCCCGGUCCCCCCAACCCCGGCCGGAGCCUGGCCUACCCCCCCACCCUGCCCCGUCGGUCCCAGCGCAGAGGGUGAAGCCCCGCCGCGGGGAGCCUCAGGCCUCCUACAGGAAGACGCAUCGUGGGACCGUGGGCCAAAUCCUCAUGGAAAAAGCUUUUAGGAUGGGGGAGAUGUGGCGUGAAGGUUGGGGCCGUCGGGGGACGUCGCAUCUUGGACAGAAACCUCAGCGUGCCUACCCGGUGCCAGCGCCUGAGAGGCCCUCGGGGCACAAAGCACCUGAAACAGGAGGCAAGGAGGGUGGGCACAACCUUUGGAAGGAAGACACAGCCAUGAAGACACAGCAAAAACUGGGGAUCUUCCCAACCCAGGGAUCGAACCCUGGUCUCCCGCAUUCCUGGCAAAUGCUUUACCCUCUGAGCCACCACGGAAGCCAGCACCAUGACAGUUCUUCAGAGGCUAACCAUAAAAGACCCAAAAUAGGGGGUAUCCCUAUUCUUGAAAACUCUCAACCCUUCACUGAAACAGAAUAAUUCUCCCACUCCUUCACUUACGGAAGUAUUCAGCCCAUAAAAACUAACCACCCAAAAUUUCCAGGCCUCUCAUCUUCUGAGAUGGUCCACACUCUGUGAGAUGUAUUUCUCUCAGGGCCCAUCUUGCCUUUUGAGGUAGACUACAUUCUGUCUAUGAAAUGUGUAUCUUUCUAAAUAAAUCCAAUUCUUACCUAUCA